GGGCCUCGGCCCAGGCAUGAGCUGGCUCUUCCCACUGAGCAAGAGCGGCGCGUCGCCCGCGGCCGGAGGCGGAGGCGCGGGGGGCGGCGGGGGCGGAGCGGGGGGUCUCACCAGUCUCCAGCAGCAAAAGCAGCGGCUCAUCGAUUCCCUGCGCGCCGCGCACGCCAGCAUAGCUGAAAUACAGAAAGAUGUGGAGUACAGAUUACCAUUCACAGUAAACAACCUUACGAUUAACAUUAAUAUCUUCCUUCCUCCUCAGUUUCCUCAGGAAAAACCAGUGAUCAGUGUUUACCCUCCAAUACGACAUCAUUUAAUGGACAAACAUGGAGUGUACGUUACCUGUCCAUUAGUAAACAAUUUUACCAUGCACUCAGACCUUGGAAAAAUUGUUCAGAGUCUCUUGGAUGAGUUUUGGAAGAAUCCUCCAGUUUUGGCUCCCAGUUCACCAUUUGCAUACCUAUAUGGUGGCCCAGCAGGAAUGCCUCCUUAUGCUGCUCAGGGUUUUCCAUUUCUUCCCUCAUAUUCUCCACAAGAAGCAAACAGAUCCAUGACUUCUGUCCCAGUUGCUGACACAGUUUCUCCAGCCUCAAGUUAUUCUACACCCAAACCUGCUGCUCCCUCUUAUGGUUUCCUCUCCAGUCUGCCAUUGCCUGUUCCUACCAUAGAUGCCCCGAUGCUGACAGGCCAAAACGGAUGUGGUUACAAGAUGCCCGAUAUCCCUGACACAUUUCCAGAACUCUCAGAGCUCAGCCUGUCGCAGUUAACAGAUAUGAAUGAACAUGAAGAAGCAUUCCUAGAGCAGUUCUCGACUCUGCCCCAGCUGAAGCAGGUCAUUACUGAUAAGGACGACUUGGUAAAGAGCAUCGAAGACCUUGCCCGAAAAAAUCUUCUUUUAGAGCCCAGCCUGGAAGCCAAAAGGCAGACAGUCCUAGAGAAGUAUGAACUGCUCACUCAGAUGAAAUCGGGCUUUGAAAAGAAGAUGCAGAGGCAGCACGAGCUUAGCGAGAGCUGCAGUGCCAGCGCCCUCCAGGCCAGGCUGAAGGUGGCCGCCCACGAGGCCGAAGAGGAGUCGGACACCCUCGCCGAGGACUUCCUGGAGGGCAAGAUGGAAAUAGACGAUUUCCUCAGCAGCUUCAUGGAAAAGAGAACUAUUUGCCAUUGUCGCAGAGCCAAAGAGGAGAAGCUUCAGCAGGCAAUAGCAACACACACCCAAUUCCACGCUCCCCUCUAGAUUUUCCUGAACACAUGAACUGCCAAGAGAAGAAUGAACAGUCCCAAUUAAGCACAUUUUAAUAGAUGUGAUUUGCAACAGGCAUUUCAUCCUAAUGGUUGUAUUGUGUAGUAGAGAUUAACUGUAUCCAUUGCGUAGAGCUGGGCCUGAUUCUGUACAAAUUAGGAUGCCUUUUAUUAUCUUUGUUUGAGAAAUCCUUCUGCACUCUUUGCACUAAAAAAAUUCUUUGUAUUUAUUGUUGAUAAAGUCUUUUACCAUAUUUAAGUUUCUGCUGCUAUCCCUGAUUAUUAGAAAUUAAAUACCUAUGCAUGUAAUUUUGGAUAAAUUCAAGUAUUUUAUAAAUUCAUAUUCUUUUAAAUUCA